AUGAAUUUAGGAACAUACAUCCCAGUCUGUGUCACGACAGACAACAAGGAUGAGGCAGCAGUCUUCACGAGAACGACAAAUCCAGGAAACCCGAAACGGGUAGCAUAUAUCGUAAAGGCGGUACAGUAUGGAAAGGAACUGACAGAGGAGGAAUGCAAACGAGUUGAAGAUUUAGUGAAAAAAUAUGCAGACAUAUUUGCGUGCUCACUUUCAGAGGUCCUCCCGAUACCAGGAGCCCAACAUCGACUGAAUAUACCAGAAGACGCCACAUUUAACCUACGCAUCCAUCAACGAGCGCUUACACCACCGCAAGCCAAGUUCUUACAUGGCCGGAUUGACGAAAUGCUAGCGGCGGGGAUAAUCGAAAAGGCACCAGCAGAACAGGUCAAAUGCUGCGCCACCACGGUAUUAGCGCAGAAGGCACAC